AUGUCUGUUUCCAUACAAGAAUUGGACAACACUGUCCGGGCCUUCUACGAGGGCAAAGGGGAUUUGCAAAAGCAAGCCCAGCAGACUCUAACAGAAUUCAAGCAAAACCCGGAUGCUUGGUUGAUUGUGGGUAAUAUACUACAAGAAUCAUCGUAUUUGCAAACAAAGUACCUCGCGCUGCAGGUUCUUGACGAUGUGAUUAUGACCAGAUGGAAAGUUUUACCAAGAGAGCAGUGUCUUGGCAUACGAAAUUUCAUCGUCAACUUCAUUAUCGAAAACUCCAAGUCAGAAGAAAAGCUCAGAAGUGAACGCGCGUUUUUGAAUAAGCUCAACCUGGUCCUCGUUUCUAUCCUCAAGCAAGAGUGGCCCCACAAUUGGCCGACUUUCAUCAAUGAAAUAAUCUCGUCUUGCCAUACGAGUCUCUCUAUCUGCGAAAACAAUAUGGCCAUCCUUCGCUUGUUAUCAGAGGAAGUAUUUGACUUCUCGCAGGAUCAGAUGACUUCUAUCAAGGCCAGAAAUCUCAAGACUUCCAUGACACAGGAAUUCUCAUCUAUCUUCCAGCUGUGCUCCGAAGUUUUGAAUACAGCAAACCAGCCGAGCCUGAUCAAAGCCACAUUAGAGACUCUCCUUCGAUUUCUGAAUUGGAUACCUCUCGGAUACAUAUUUGAGACUCCCAUCAUCAACACGCUAUUAACUCGUUUCUUGGACGUUCCCGAUUUCCGGAAUGUGACAUUAAAGUGUCUCACAGAGAUUGGGGGACUGCAAAUUGGCAACCCUUACAAUUACGAUGAAAGAUUGGUUCAAAUGUUCACUGAGACAUUGACCAUAGUCUCGAAGACCAUCCCACUCUCCAUGGAUUUAAAGCAAACAUAUGCCAAAAGCAAUUCACGGGAUCAGGAGUUCGUCCUCAACUUAGCACUGUUCCUCUCCAGCUUUUUCAGUGCUCAUCUAAAUCUCAUUGAAAAGUUACCGAAUCGGGACUAUCUCACACAUGCUCAUUUUUACCUUAUCCGUAUCAGUCAGAUCGACGACAGAGAGGUCUUCAAAAUUUGUCUAGAGUACUGGACGAGACUAGUGCAGGAGCUGUACGAGGAGAUGCAACAACUUCCAAUCACAGAUAUCAAUCCCUUGGUUAGCAUGGGAGUCAGUGGGUUGUCAAACGGAGGGGCACCGCACCCUAGCACCCUUGCCAAUUACCCCCUCCGCAAGCAUAAGUACGAGGAGGUCCUGUCCAACCUUCGCACUGUCAUGAUCGAGAAAAUGGUCAGGCCAGAAGAAGUCUUGAUUGUUGAAAACGACGAGGGCGAAAUUGUUCGCGAAUUCGUCAAAGAAAGCGACACGAUUCAGCUCUACAAGACAAUAAGGGAGUGUUUGGUCUAUCUGACACACCUUGACGUCGUUGACACCGAAAAUAUCAUGAUCGAGAAGUUGGCUAAACAGGUGGACGGGUCUGAGUGGUCAUGGGCUAAUUGCAAUACUCUAUGUUGGGCAAUUGGGUCAAUCUCGGGGGCCAUGAAUGAGGAGACUGAAAAGCGGUUCCUUGUCACUGUGAUCAAGGACCUUCUGGGUCUCACGGAAAUGAAGCGAGGAAAAGACAACAAAGCAGUCGUCGCCAGUAACAUUAUGUAUAUUGUAGGGCAGUAUCCGCGUUUCUUGAAGGCCCAUUGGAAAUUCCUGAAGACGGUUGUCAACAAAUUGUUUGAAUUUAUGCAUGAAACACAUGAAGGUGUCCAAGAUAUGGCGUGCGAUACAUUUAUCAAGAUCGCAAACAAGUGUAGGCGCCAUUUUGUCGCCCUUCAGCCUGGGGAGAACGAGCCAUUUAUCGAGGAAAUUGUUCGAAACAUGAGAAAGAUCACCUGUGACCUUUCACCACAACAAGUUCACACUUUCUACGAGGCGUGCGGCUAUAUGAUUUCAGCACAAGGCCAGAAAAGCCUCCAGGAUCGUUUGAUUGAGAACCUGAUGUCUCUUCCCAACUCUGCGUGGGAUGCUAUUAUUGCUCAGGCGAAUCAAGACCCGUCCAUACUUCAAGAUGGAGAAACGAUAAAGAUCAUCGGCAACAUUAUGAAGACGAAUGUCGCAGCAUGUUCCUCGAUUGGCACUUACUUUUAUUCCCAGAUUGGUCGCAUCUACCAUGAUAUGCUGAACAUGUAUCGGGCUUCCAGUCAACUCAUUAACGAUGCCGUUGCGCACGAUGGCAACAUCGCCACCAAGACUCCGAAAGUCCGAGGGCUUCGGACCAUCAAAAAGGAGAUUCUUAAACUGAUCGAUACCUAUGUGCAGAAAGCUGAUGAUCUGGAGAUGGUCAACGCUAAUAUGGUCCCACCACUUCUGGAGGCUGUUCUGGUGGACUAUAACCGAAAUGUUCCCGACGCGCGGGAAGCAGAGGUGCUGAACGUCAUGACCACAAUCGUUCAUAAAUUACAUAGCCUUAUGGAAGACAAAGUUCCUUUAAUCAUGGAGAGUGUGUUCGAAUGCACCCUCGAGAUGAUCAACAAAGACUUCCACGAGUAUCCAGAGCACCGUGUGCAAUUUUUUAAAUUGCUCCAAGCGAUCAAUUUAUACUGUUUCCCGGCGCUACUCAAACUUGAUGCCACGCAAUUCAAGUUUGUGAUCGACUCUUGCAUGUGGGCCAGUAAACAUGACAAUCGUGAAGUGGAAAAUACCGGCCUUACAAUGUGCCUCGAACUGAUGAACAAUAUGGCUGAGACCGAUACGCAAACGUCGAGUAUUUUCUUUCGCCAGUUUUUCAUUCCAAUUCUUCAAGACGUGUUCUUUGUCCUUACCGACAGCGAUCACAAAGCAGGGUUCAAAUCUCAAGCAAUGCUACUGUCCCGUAUGUUCUACUUCAUUGAAUCCGGAAAGGUCCAAGAACCCAUCUAUUCCCCCGAGCAAGCGCCACUUGGGACAUCCAACAAAGACUUCUUGCAAGAAUACGUUGCGAACCUCUUGCAAAAUGCUUUCAAGAAUCUUCAGGAGAUACAAAUCAAGCAGUUUGUAGUUGGCUUGUUUACCUUCAAUGAUGACUUUAACAAGUUCAAGACUCAUUUGCGGGAUUUCUUGAUCUCUUUGAAAGAGUUCGCAGGUGAUAAUGCAGAGCUUUAUGCAGAGGAGAGAGAGCAGGCUCUGCGGGAUGCGCAGGCUGCAGAACGAGACCGGGCAAUGAGAGUUGGUGGACUUUUGAAGCCGUCUGAAAUGGAUCAGGAGGAUGAGCUCUGA